AUGGGGCUAAUUGGCACUCUAUCGAUGCUUCUUUUUCCAUUGUGUUUUUUCUUGUUGCCACAAUUAUGCAGCACACAGUUAUCUGGUUCUUCACUGGAUUCUCUACUCCAAGACUAUGCUUAUCGUGCACUUGUUAGCCCAAGGACUGGUGCUGUUUAUGAUGGAAAUGUGCCCUCGAAUUUAACAGGGAUUAAGGUUUCUGCGGUGAGGCUCAGGAGUGGUAGUUUAAGGGCAAGAGGUAUUAUUUACAAGGAAUUUGACAUACCAGUUGGGUUUAUUGCGAGACCUUAUGUUGAGAGGCUUGUUUUGGUCUAUCAGAACUUGGGCAAUUGGUCUAUGAAGUAUUACCCUUUACAUGGAUAUGCAUAUUUGAGCCCUGUUAUUGGUCUUCUUGCUUAUAAUGCUUCAAACCUGUCGGCCAAAAACUUGUCUGAGUUGAAUAUUAUGGUGUCUGGCAAGCCCAUCUCUAUCAGGUUUUCGGAUAUAAAAUCAAUACCAAUUGGGUUUGCGCCCAAGUGUGUUUCAUUUGAUUUACAAGGCUCUGUUAAUUUCAGCAAUGUGUCAUCAGAAAACAGAUGCACGACAUUCCAACAGGGACAUUUUGCUAUUGUAAUUGAGUCUCCUCUCCCGGUUACUCCUUUGCCACCAUCAAAUGAUAAGGGUAAAAUGUCAUCAAAAACCAUUUGGAUAAUAGUUGGAACAGUGGGUGGAGGAUUAGCUGUAUUGGUUUUGUUAGGAUUUCUGGUCGCCUGGCUGCACAAGUACAAGCGGCAGAAGAAAAUGCAACAUAUGGAAAUGGCUGCGGAGGUUGGGGAAGUAUUGAAGAUGACCACAGUUGGAAGCACGAAAGCACCGGCUGCUUCUGUGACGAGAACACAACCAACACUCGAGUCUCAAUAUGCUCUCUAUUGGGUAUGGGUAUACACCGAGAUUAAUCUUGUUCGUGCUGGAUGGUUUUCUCAAUUCGAUAGCACCAUGGCUAUUGGCAAAGCACUCCUUUCAUCAGAUCAGCAGACUUCAAAAGAGGCAUUCUUGUGA